CAUAGUUUACCUUCAGCGAGAAGGCGCAUCGCGUGGACGAACGACGGGUCCAAGCUCUCCUUCUCGGCAAUGAGCUCUGGCAGGUACUUGUCCUGAUCCAUCACUGGAUUCCUCUCCUGAACACCGCGAGUGCAGGGCUAUAGGAAGACCGAGGAUGAAGACUGUGAUUGUGGUGCAUGGUGGAGCGUGGGCCAUCCCGGACAUGUUAGCCGAAGCAUCUGUGGCUGGAGUCAAGAAAGCCGCGCGGGCCGGCGAUGCUGUUCUUAAGAAUGGUGGGAGUGCAAUCGAUGCUGUAGAAAAAGCCGUGAGGGCUUUGGAAGAUGACCCAGCGUUUGAUGCAGGUCAUGGUGCAGUGCUGAAUAUUGAUGGAGAGGUGGAGCUGGACAGUAUCAUCAUGGAUGGAGAAACACUUGCCACCGGAGCUGUGGCCUCUGUGAGAAACAUCGCUAACCCUGUUAGUCUUGCUCGUGCUGUAAUGGAAAAGACAGAUCAUGUCAUGUUGACAGAUAGAGGAGCGAGCAUGUUUGCGGAGCGCAUUGGUAUUCCAGUAGCUGAUGAUUUGGUGACUGAACUGGAACGUAAGGACUGGGAACAAAGCGGUACCUAUCCUGCUGGAGUCAAAAAUUUCUUCAACACACAAUGGGGCCAUGAUACGGUCGGAGCGGUGGCUCUGGACUCUUUGGGUAAUGUGGCAUGUGCUACAUCCACCGGAGGCAUCAGAAACAAAAUGGUGGGAAGAGUCGGAGAUUCUCCUAUUAUAGGAUCUGGUGGAUAUGCAGACAAUAGAAGUGGCGCGGUCUCCUGUACUGGUCACGGAGAGUCUAUUCUCAAAGUCACCUUAGCCAGAUUAAUCCUCUUUCACACGGAGCAGGGGAAAUCAGCCUCAGCCGCCGCCGAAGCCUCACUUCAGUACAUGGGUGAGAGAGUGAAGGGAUGCGGAGGAGCGAUCGUCGUGACCUCCACAGGAGACUGGGCCGCCCGCUUCACCACAACACGCAUGGCUUGGGCCUCCGUCCAAGAGGACGUCUUGCACCACGGGUUAAAUCCCAAGGAAGAUUUCACCGAGAUGCUGAAACAAUAACAUUAUACACUUCAAAACCUUAAAACCUUCAGCCAGUUUCAGCUAGAUUCUAUCAGUUACCUACGUGAUUAACUGCAUCACAUAAUCCCGCAGGCCGUCCUUACCGUUUCCUCUCCGAACAAACAAUAGAAACACAAUACGGUGUUAAGUGACUAAAUGGAGAGUUCUGAUAAGCUUAACGAAUAGGAGUUAUGGCAUCAUCGUAUGAAAUGCGUUCACAAACGUCACCCUGGAGCACAAAACCAGUCUUAAGUUUAACUGAGUGUCAAAAUAGAGGUUUAUACAUCACCUGAAGAUCAAAUAAAUAAGCUUUACAUUUUUGUACGGUUUGCUGGGAUAAGAAAAUAUUUGGUCGAGAUGCAACUAUAUGAAAAUCUGGAACAUGAGGGUGCAAAAAAAUCUAAAUAUUGAGAAGCUGUCCAAACGUAAUAAAAAAUAAAUAAAUACAAUGUAUUUUUUGCUAUUGCUACAAAUAUACCCCCAGCGAGUAAAUUUCGUGGAUCAGAAUCACAAAAGACAUCUGAACACAGAUAGGAAGACAGUUGGAAAAUAUAACAUAUUAACCAAAUAAAUCGGUUUUCACAUUUGUGAAAUUCAACAUUAUUAAAGACGAAUUUAGGUUUUUAUGUGAAGGCUAAUUGGUGGAUUUAGAGGAUAACGUUAUUUUAAUAUGUAAAAAAAAAUAAAAGAGAUCACAAUGUU